AUGUCGGCGCCAGCGGGCAGCAAGCCUCCCCCAGAGGGUGCGAAGCCACGCAAGUCGUCCAAGUCUCAGAGCAGCAAGGACAGCCGCAGGAAAUCCUCGGAGAUGGAAAAGUCGGGCAGCCAGGAACAUAGUGGUGAGAAAGGAUCCAAGCGAAAAGACAGCAAAAGCAAAGACAGCAAAACAAUGGAAAGCCAGAGCAAGACGACCAAAGCUAGCGAGAGGACUCCUGACAAGUCGGGCGACAAGAGCCAUGAGAAGUCUGGCAGCGGCAUCAGUAAGGACAGUAAGAUUAAGGCCAGCAAGUCUAGCACAACGACCAGGGGCAGCAAAACGAGCAGGACUAGUGACAAGUCAGGUGAAGAGAGUAACGAGAAGUCGGGAAGCAAGACAGACAAGAGCAAGAGCGGGGAGCACAGUCAAGAGGAUUCCGCGAGCAAGUCUACCAAGACUGGCACUACUAGGACCGGCCCUUCCAAGACCGGUACUUCCAAGACCGGCACUACCAAGACGGGUGCUACCAAGACCGGUGCUACCAAGACCGGUAAGAGUAGAACUGAGAAGAGUGGCAGCAGGAGCGCAGAAAAAAGCCAAGACAAGUCUGGAAGCAAGACUGAGAAGAGCAAAAGUGGUGAGACCAGUCAUGAAAAGUCCGGCGGGAGCAAGACGGAGAAGAGUAAAAGUGGCGAGACCAGUCACGAGAAGUCCGGUGGUAGCAGGACUGACAAGAGUAAAAGUGCCGACCGAAGUCAUGAGAAGUCUGGAAGCAAGACAGAGAAGAGUGGCAGCAAAACUGAGAGGAGUGGAAGCAAAAGCGGAAGCAAGAGUGGAAGCAAAAGCACCGACAAAAGUGGAAGUAAGAGCGAUGAGAAAAGUGGCAGUAAGUCCGGCAGCAAGAGCGACGAAAAAAGCGGCGAGAGGACGAGCAAGUCCAGAAGCACUAGCCAGGAUAAGACCAAGGAAAGCCAAAGAGCAAAGCCAGCAGAAGAGAAGGGGACAUGA